AUGACGAGUUUAAGUUCGAUUAAGGUACCAGUGUUUGAAGGUAAAAACUUUGAACAUUGGAGGUUGCAGAUGGAGAAUAUUUUCACAUACCAGGAGGUAUGGGAUAUUGUGAAAGAUGGUUAUGUUGAACCAGCAGAAGGAGUAGUACUUGAAGGAGCUGCGCGAAUUCUAUUAACUGAAAACGGAAAGAAGAAUUCUAAAGUUACAUAUAUUCUUCAUCAGGGUAUUCAUGAAUCUCUCACGGACAGAGUUAUCUAUAUUAAGCAAGUUAAAGAAACAUUGGAUGGUUUGGUUAGCUAUUUCACAGGAUCUGACAAGGUCAAGAAGGUUAGAUUGCAAACUCUAAAGAGAAAGUAUGAAUUAUUGCUGAUGGAAAAUACUGAAACAAUAUCAGAUUUUUUCUCAAAGACUUUGAAUAUUGUCAAUGAGAUGAAGGCUAAUGGUGAUACUGUAGAAGAUUCAACAGUUGUUGAGAAGAUUUUAAGAAGUUUGCCCGAGAAAUUUGAAUCAAAGGUGAAUGCUAUAGAGGAAUGCAACACAGUUGCAACUAUGACUCUUAAUGAGUUAUUGGGUUCAUUACAAGCUUAUAAACAAAGAUUGUUAGAGAAAAUAGCAGCUGCAAAACAAGUUGAAGAAACACUUCAGAGUCAAGUUAGUUGGACAAACAAUCAAGGAAAAUCUAAUGCUGGAAGUUCUCAAGGAGGAUACAAUAAUGGAUGA